AUCUUGUAUUUUUAUUCACAGGUUUUACAAUGGGCUGCCGGUGUAAAACGUUCGUAGAUGACACCUUAACGAAAUUAUUUUACAAGUUGGGUUUACAAGUCGGAAGAACUCCAGGCUAUUUCAUUAUUAUACCCAUCCUACUUACGCUAUUGUGCAUCACAGGAUACCAAAGAAUACAGUAUGAAAUGGACCCUGAAUACCUGUUUAGUCCAGAGGAGGGUCCUGGAAAGACAGAGAGGGCAAUUGUUGAACAUUAUUUCAAGAUGAAUUACAGUAGUAGAUUCAAUCCAACGCGAAUUACUCGGGCUGGGCGUUUCGGGCGUGUGAUCGUGAUACCACGUGACGGCGGCGACAACCUGUUGUCCGUGGAGGCGUGGAGGGAGUUGAGAGAUCUGGACGCCAUUGUGAGAAAUGCAAGCAUAGUGUUUGGGGAGGACAGAAUCAGCUACAGAUAUGACGACAUCUGUGCCAAAUGGGUUGACCACUGUUUCGAGAACGACAUACUUAAUUUGGACCUUAUCAUGGAUGAGGUAGUGAAUCGAACCCUGAACCUGACCUUCCCGAUAAUGUUCAACCCGAUCACGUGGGACGCGCACACGUUUCCCGUCUACUUUGGGGGGACAGUGGUCAGUGACGAUGGCCUUAUUGUCAGUGUACCCUCUCUACAGCUCGUCUACUUUGUCACGGCUGAUACGCCAACUCAGGACCAAAGAGGAGCACGCUGGGAAGAAGCGUUCCUAGACGCUGUGGGCGAGGCAGAGGACGCAGGUCGAUUCAAACACAUCUCGACAUCGAGGUUCGCCUCACGAACCCUGGACAUCGAGCUUGAGAAGAACACACAGUCUGUGGUGCCUUACUUUGGAUCCACCUUUGUUAUCAUGGCUGUUUUUAGUACUAUCACGUCUAUGAUGUUAGACUGGGUGAGAUCCAAACCACUGCUGGGACUACUUGGCAAUAUUUCAGCAGCUAUGGGGACUGUAUCAGGAUUUGGUCUGGCUGUCUAUUUUGGUAUACCCUUCAUUGGAAUAAACCUUGUUUCACCCCUACUUAUGUGCAGUAUCGGAAUAGACGACACGUUUGUGAUGCUAGCAGCAUGGCGGCGUACACCGGUCACCCUUCCAGUGCCUGAACGGGUGGCACGUACCUUAUCCGAGGCUGCCGUUUCAAUAACGAUUACUUCGGUAACUGAUAUCGUCAGUCUAACCAUUGGAAUACUCAGUCCGUUCCCAGCUAUACAGAUAUUCUGUCUUUAUUCCAGAAAGAGAUCAUGGCUGUAUAGAGCUUUCUGUUGGGGAAUCAAUCCAAAGGACCCUGAUAAUCCGAUUGACAACCCAGAAAAUGCACUUAUGGCAUUUUUCAGAGAUACCCUGACCUACUACCUGAAUAAAUGGCAGGUGAAAAUGCUGAUUCUGCUAGUUUUCAUGGCAUAUCUGGCUGGAGCCUGCUAUGGUAUCACAUGCAUCAAGGAAGGAUUACAGAGGAGAAAAUUGUCCAAGGCUGAUUCGUACUCUAUUGAGUUCUAUGACAGGGAAGACUUCUAUUUCAGGGAGUUUCCCUACAGAAUGCAGGUAAUCCUAAGCGGCCCCCUGAACUACAGUGACCCGUUGGUCCAACAGGUGGAGAACCUGACCCGUACAUUCGAGGCAUCGCCCUACAUCUCGACCUCCCUCUACACAGAGUCCUGGCUGCGUAGCUUUGUCUCAUAUGUUGAGCGAAAUGCUGACUAUUUGAAUGUGUCUAUCAGCACGGAGCCUGAUUUCAUCAAGGCUCUACACGAGAUCUGGCUAUUCAAACCGAACCCGUUUUCGUUGGAUGUGAAAUUCAGUGACGAUGGAUCGCAAAUAGUGGCAUCUCGCUUCAUGAUUCAGGCAGUCAACAUCAGCGACGGAAAUGCCGAGAAAGACAUGGUCCGCGAUCUGAGACGAAUCUGCCAUGAGUCACAUCUGAAUGUCAGCGUCUUUCAUCCCUAUUUCGUCUAUUUCGAUCAGUUCGAACUGGUCCGCCCCACCUCUAUUCAGGCCAUGAUAGUUGGCGCAGUCAUCAUGAUGAUCAUCUCCUUCAUCUUCAUCCCGAACAUCCUCUGCUCACUUUGGGUGGCCUUCUGUAUCGUCUCCAUCGAAACCGGAGUGGCCGGCUAUAUGUCUCUAUGGUCAGUCAACCUGGACACCAUCUCAAUGAUCAACCUCAUCAUGUGCAUUGGGUUCUCAGUGGACUUCACUGCCCACAUCUGCUAUGCGUACAUGUCCUCCAAGGCUGAAUUACCUGAAGAAAAACUCCGGGAAUCCUUACACUCCCUGGGUCUUCCGAUUUUCCAAGGUGCCAUCUCGACUAUCCUUGGUGUCGCUGCCCUGGUUCUAGCAGACAGCUACAUCUUCCUAGUCUUCUUCAAGAUGAUUUUCCUGGUGGUAUUUUUCGGGGCCAUCCAUGGUAUCCUACUUCUCCCUGUGCUCCUAACCAUGUUUGGACCUAACUCAUGUGGCAGAUCCAAACAACGCAGGGAAAUGUCGGAGAUUGAAAAGACAUUUCCCCACCCGUACUGUAUCCCCCACCCGAGUCUCACAGGUGCCCUGAAUCAUCCCUUAGCGCACUUCCAAGGGAAACAGCUGGGGGGACCACAUCACCAUCAUUUCGGCGGGGUUCCGUUACAUGGGUUGGCCGCAGACAUACCUCCGUCACGUCUGGUCAUCUCAUCGUACAAUGGUGAUACCUGUGGAAAGUUUGUGUUGGACAAGGAUCAAGGUCUGGGGACAUCAGGAGAGGAUUCAAGUGAGUCGAGCUCGUCUAAAUCACAUCCCCAUCAGAAACAGGUCCCGAAGAAAAUGGUGGCAGAAGAUGAAGAUGAGAAACAGCGCAGGAAGUAUGUGGAGGGAUGGCGGAAGUCUAGUGCACCGGGUCAAGGUCUUUCGAGGUCACCUGAAGGUCGAUCAAGGUCGCCGACAGAUCUUCAAGGGCAUCCAAGGUCACAAGACUACCAAGGUCAAGCACAUCAAGGUCAUCCAAGGUCGUCCCUGAACGAAGGUCACCUAAGGUCUUCACAAGACUUUCCAAGGUCGUCCCCGAACGAAGGUCAUCUCAGGUCUUCACAAGACUUCUCAAGGUCUUCAAAUGACGGUCAUCCAAAAGGAAGAGGAGCGCCCGAAGGUCAUCCAAGGUCAUCAGCCCAAGGUCACUCGAGGACGAAUGGUGGCUACAUGAGUGACGAGGACAGCUCCCCGAAAUGGCGACCGCCACACCCGGCGUCGCAGCUAAAUUUUAGGGCAUCACGAUCGCACCACUAUUCGCCCAAAUCGGGAGCAACACCUCAGGGCAGAAAUUCGUCCUCAGCGUUUGUUGGAGAGAGUAGGUUUCCAUGA